AUGAAUAAAUGGUAUCCUAACAUGACAGAGGAGAUGUUUGCUGAGCGUUGCCCUGUUUGCUGUGACAAUUGCAACUGUAUAUCUUGUUUGCGCAAUGUGCACCCUAAAGUCAAAGAGAAGAUUGAUUUCAAACCUAAUCAUGAUCAGAAAGUUCGAUACUCUAUUUAUAUCCUACAUGUGCUUUUUCCAUUCCUGAAGCGUCUCAAUGAGGAGCACAUAAAGGAGACAGCAAUAAAGUCUAAAAUUCAAGGAUCUUCUUUAUCGGAGGUACAGUUGAAAAAGGUGAAGUGCAGUUUGGACGAGCGCAUGUGCUGCUGCCCUUCUUGUCAUUAUGACCUUUGCCUUCAAUGUUGCUUUGAAUUACGAGAUGGCAACCUUCAAGGAAACAAGGAAGAGGUUAAGUUUGAAUUUAAUAAUCCAGGUCCUGAUUACUUGAAUGGGGGGAAACCCCUUAAAGUUAAGAAGGCUGCUGAAGAUCCUGCACCAAAUGAAAAACAAACUUAUGACUGGAAGUCUUUGGAUGAUGGUAGAAUUCCGUGUCCUCCAGAAAGCAUGGGUGGUUGUGGACUUGGGAUUUUAGAGUUGAUGCACGUAAACCAACUUGAAAGUUUUUCAAAAUUGUUAGAGGAAGCACAAAAGUUCUUAAAGAUGCACAAACUGGAGGAUGAUAUGCGAGAUAUGCCUGAGAAAUGGUGCUCAUGUUCAGAUGCUGAUGGUCAUGGUGUUGAAUUCAUCACUUCCUUACCCUUCAAAGAAUAUACACAUCCACGUGAUGGCUACCUUAAUUUUGCUGUCAAGUUACCUGAAAAUUCUUUGAAGCCAGACAUGGGUCCUAGAACCUAUAUAGCUUAUGGUGUUCAUCAAGAAUUGGGACGUGGGGACUCUGUAACUAAACUUCAUUUUGACGAGUCUGAUGUGGCAGACCCAUGA